UCGCAAUCGCAUCCAUUGCAAGAAACCAGGGCAUCGCGUCUUUGAGUCGCGCCGAGGGACAACCUCCUCAACGUCCAAGUAAACAAAUGAGACCAAGAUGGCCACAACAACAACAGAUACCGAGCUCCUAACAGAGCACUUUGGCUAUCCCCCAGUCAGCUUACUUGACGACAUAAUCAACAGCAUCAACAUCCUCGCCGAGCGCGCCCUUAACAGUGUCGAACAAGGUCUCCUCAACGCGCCUCCAGCUUCUCUCGGUUUCAGACCACCUACCCAUGCUUCCACCACCAAACCGGGCAAGAAGCCCAAAAAGGGCGAAGAGGGUCUUCCCAACGCCGAGGAAGCCCAUCGACACGAGAUCGAAAACGGCACGCACCAGCUCGAGACCUUACUCUGCGCCAGCAUCGACCGCAACUUUGACAAGUUCGAGAUCUACGUUAUGCGCAACAUUUUGUGCGUGAGGCCGGAAGACCGCGAUUGGAUACGGUUGGGCCAUUACGAGGGGUUGGAUUUCUCCUCCCCCCAGAAGGAAGGACAAAAGGAAGGAGGAGACGAAAAGCCAACACUCGAAACCGUCACCCGCCUCCGUAGACGCUUGCAAGCAUCGCAGAAGCUCAACGUCAUGCUCCACGCCGAAAAGGCCCGCAAUGCCGCGUUGCUGUCUGAAGUCCGUCGUCUCAUCGGCUCUCCCAAAAAAGUCAAAUCCGAGCGUUCCCAACCACCACCACUGCCGCAAAUACCAACCCAAAACGGCAACGACAUUAACAACACCGACACAGAAAUGACCGACGCCCCUCCUCCUCCUUCCUCUACCACAAUCCCAACAACAGACAGCACAAGCACAAGCAAACCCCCCUUUGGCUUCCUAACCCAAACCUCCCUCCUCUCCACCUCGGACGCCUCCACCCCUCUCACCACCACCACGGCAUUUACUCUCUCCCAACUCGACGCUCUCCGCUCGCUCUCUACUUCUCUCCGCUCGCUCCUCCCUGCUCUUUCUCAACCAGUGGCAGCAACUACACCAGAACCAGAACCAGCAUCAACAGAUUCUCCCGACGAACCAGAAGAAGACGACAGGAAAAAGAAACCCUGGCGUCUGCAGAGACUAGAGUACAUCGAGACUGCCACGCGGAAACAUCUCGAGCAAGUUCGCGGUCUGGAGCUGGGAGUCAACGGGGAGCUGAGGGAUGGAGGAGAGCUCGGGGGGAAGGAACAGUCGAUUACAGGGGAUUUGAUGGUGGUGGUGGAGGAGAAUGGUGGAGAUGGUGAUGGUGAUGGUGAUGGGGCGAGGAGGACAACAAAGAGGAGGAGGGUGGAGAGGGAGGAGGUGGAAGCGUUGGAAGGGGUUUUGGGGAGUUUGGGAGGUGGGGGCCAUGAUGGUAGUAGUAAUGAGGCGGGCGGGGAGGGAGGAGAAGGGGGACAGGGACAGGAGCAGGAGCAGGAGCAGAAUGAGGAGCAGAAUGAGGAGAGGCAAGAAGAGGGACAGAUACAAGCUCAGUCAGAGGGGAGUCAGAGAGAGGGAGGAGAAGGGGAAACAAAAACAAAAACACCGAGGCAAGGAGGGGGGAGCGCAGAGAAAGCGAAAGAUCAGGGGGAUGGUGAGGAGGGACGGAUGGAUGAGUCCUAGGCGCAUUGCAUACCAAUCUGUUGUUUUUAUAUUAUUGUAGAAGCAGGCGUUUUGGGGGUUCAUGUCGUUUUCAAAUAGGGGGCUUUGGCUUCGGAAGGAUAUAUCAUGGUCGUGGUCUAUGAAAAGCUAUGUGAUGAUGGAAUGAAAUAUUUGUACUACCACUGUUUCUUACUCGAUACGGUUUCACUUAACCCAAUCCUGUUUACUGGAUCGUUCUUGAGAAAGCCUGCGGACGACAUCAACUCACUCGUCUAUUGAUCAAAGCCAAAUAUUUUCGG